AUGACCACCCCCAUCAACGUCACCCUCGUCGGCGCCACGGGCCUCACCGGCAAGGUCUCCCUCGCCUCGCUCCUCGCCUCCCCCACGGCUGUUGCGCUUACGACCAUCACCCGCCGCGCCGCCCCGGGUACUCCUGCCGCUGGCAACACUUACAGCAACCGCGUCCUCGAGGACGUGGGUGCGGCCGCCACUGCCGCCGAGCCCAUUGUCGCCCCCGGCGGCACGUACGUCUCGUGUCUCGGCACGACGCUCGCCACCGUCGGCGGCGACGUCAAGAAGCAGGAGGCGAUUGACCUUACCAUGAACACGGAGCUCGCUACGCGUGCCAAGAAGGACGGCGCCGAGACGAUGAUCCUCGUCUCGACCGCCGGCGCCAACGCCUCGAGCUGGUUUGCCUACCCGCGCAUGAAGGGCCAGCUGGAGGACAACGUCAAGGCUUUGGGCUUUGAGCGCACCAUCAUCCUCCGCCCCGGUGCGCUCCUGCACGACAACGAGCGCGCCGACGCGCGCAUGGCCGAGUCGGUCAUGAUCAAGGUCAUCAAGGGCAUGCGUGCCGUCGGCGUGCCCACAACAUCGCUUGGCGUCGACUACACCGAUGUUGGCCAGGCUAUCGCCCAGCUCGCGCAGAACCCCCCAGACGGCUUCACGACCGUCUACGACGCCGAGAUUGUCAAGCUCGCUGCCGAGUUCCGCGCGUCGCAGAAGUAG